GUGAUAAGAUGAGGAUCCGACCAGUUUCCUCUCUGACAGCCGCAGCCUCUGGUUCUCCGUCGAGUGGUUCAUGAGUAAAUCACAAGUAGAAAGUUGAGACUGUGAUGCUGUAGCAGCAAUGUCACAGCUGUAUUACAGGAAAACCGACAACUCCUCUUACAGGGACCGCAUCCCUCUGAGGAUCGUGCGGGCUGAAUCUGAGCUCUCUGCCUUGGAGAGGGCCUACCUGGGGGCUGUUGAAAAGGGGGACUAUGCCAGUGUGAAACAAGCCCUGGAGGAGGCUGAGAUCUACUUCAGGAUCAACAUCAAUUGCAUCGACCCCCUGGGACGCACAGCCCUGCUCAUUGCCAUUGAAAAUGAGAACCUGGAGAUCAUUGAGCUGCUGCUCAGCUAUAAUGUAUAUGUGGGUGAUGCACUGCUACAUGCCAUCCGUAAAGAAGUGGUGGGGGCUGUGGAGCUGCUGCUCAACCACAAGAAGCCACGUGGGGAGAAACAGGUUCCACCAAUUCUGCUGGACAAACAGUUUUCAGACUUCACCCCAGACAUCACUCCAAUCAUCCUUGCAGCCCACACCAACAACUAUGAGAUAAUCAAACUUCUUGUGCAGCGAGGUGUCUCCAUACCUCAGCCACAUGCUGUGCGCUGCAACUGCGUAGAGUGUGUGUCCAGUUCAGACGUGGACGGCCUUCGUCAUUCGCGCUCUCGUCUUAACAUCUACAAGGCCCUUGCCAGCCCAUCACUCAUUGCCCUCUCCAGUGAGGAUCCUUUCCUCACAGCUUUUCAACUCAGCUGGGAGCUGAAGGAGCUCAGCACGGUGGAGAAUGAGUUCAAGUCAGAGUACGAGGAGCUGUCGCGUAUGUGUCAACAAUUUGCAAAGAACCUCUUGGACCAGACCAGAAGCUCCAAAGAGUUGGAAAUAAUUCUCAACUACCGUGACGACAUCAACCCUUUGCUGGAUGAGAAUGGUAAUGAUCUGGCCCGACUGAAGCUGGCUAUCAAAUACUGCCAGAAGGAGUUUGUUGCUCAGCCCAACUGUCAGCAGCUGCUGGCGUCUCGGUGGUACGAUGAGUUCCCAGGCUGGAGGAGGCGUCACUGGGCAGGAAAGUUUGUCACAUGUAUCUUCAUUGGCCUCCUCUUCCCACUGUUAUCCUUCUUCUACCUGAUCUCUCCAAAGAGCCGCUAUGGCUUGUUCAUCCGUAAGCCCUUCAUCAAGUUCAUCUGUCACACUGCUUCCUACCUGACCUUCCUCUUCCUGCUCCUCUUGGCCUCACAGCACAUAGACCCUGCAGACCCGCACAUUCAGGGCCCACCACCCACCACUGUGGAAUGGAUGAUCCUGCCCUGGGUGCUUGGCUUCAUAUGGACUGAGAUCAAACAGAUGUGGGACAGUGGUUUCCAAGACUAUAUGGAUGACUGGUGGAACUUAAUGGACUUUAUAAUGAACUCCUUGUACCUUGCAACCAUUUCGCUGAAGAUUGUUGCCUAUGUAAAGUACAGUGGGAAUAAACCCAGAUGCAGCUGGGAAAUGUGGCACCCAACUUUGGUGGCAGAGGCAUUGUUUGCCAUCGCCAACAUCUUCAGCUCCUUGCGCCUCAUCUGUCUUUUCACUGCCAACUCCCAUCUGGGCCCCUUACAGAUCUCACUGGGCCGCAUGCUCCUGGACAUCCUCAAGUUCCUCUUCAUCUACUGUCUAGUGUUGUUAGCCUUUGCCAAUGGCCUCAACCAGCUCUAUUAUUAUUAUGAUGAAAAGAUAGAGGAUAAUAAAUGCAAGGGUAUUCGCUGUAGCCAACAAAACAACGCCUUCUCAACGCUGUUCGAGACGCUGCAGUCCUUAUUUUGGUCUGUAUUUGGCCUGAUUUCUCUCUAUGUGACCAAUGUGGAACCGGAUCAUAGAUUCACUGAGUUUGUGGGCACUACCAUGUUCGGCACGUACAACGUCAUCUCCCUGGUAGUGCUUCUGAACAUGCUAAUUGCAAUGAUGAACAACUCCUACCAGCACAUUGCUGAUCACGCUGAUAUAGAGUGGAAAUUUGCAAGAACAAAAUUAUGGAUGAGCUAUUUUGAAGAAGGGGGAACUUUGCCAUCUCCAUUUAAUAUAAUACCUAGUCCAAAGUCUAUUUAUUAUGUAAUUGGAUGGAUAAAGACACAAUUGUUUAAGAGACAAAGCUUAAGACUUGAAACCUUCGAAACUUUGGGGAGACGAGCAGCCGAAAAUGUAAGAGUAAACCAUGAGUAUCAGGAAGUUUUGAGGAACCUUGUGAAGCGGUAUGUGGCUGCAAUGAUCAGAGAUGCAAAGACAGCGGAAGGGUUGACAGAAGAAAAUUUUAAGGAGCUUAAGCAGGAUAUCUCCAGCUUCCGCUAUGAAGUCCUGGGAAUGAUGAAGGGUAAACCUCAAGGGGUGGUUGCAGGUAACGUUGCAAGCUCCACCUUGGCUUACCCUGGAAACUCAUUCAAAUAUUCUCCAAAAUUCCCUACUGAUGAUCCUCAACAGAAGCUGUAUGUAUUUGAUGUAACCACCACCACCUUGCAGAGCGGAGCUGCAAUCACCACCAGCUCUGUGGGCUCUAACAGGCAAGCCAGUGGUUCAGUUGUUCUGUCCAGUACAAGACAGCCUCACAAUGAGCUAUCCAUAGAGGUCACAGAUGCUGGGUCCCUCCAUAGGCGGAGCAGACCCCCCUCUCAGAAUUGUGAUGAAAUACAUUCAUUGUCAGAGGAAGAUACGUUGGGAUCUGCUGGACAAAACAAAGAACAACUUCAGACCGAGAAAGAGAUUGUGGAAAUCUUACAGGAAGUGGAAGGACAUUCAGGAGAUUGAACAUUCUUGCAAAGAGCAUUCCAAGGAAGUGAAAAAUGGGCCAAAAAAAUAUAAAAAUUAAUCUGCAACUGAGAGAUGUUAAUCAUGUUAGUGAGUUUUCAACAGUUAAGAUUUAAUUUUCAUUCAUUCAUCUACUAGUUGUAAAAUAGUCCAUGGUAAACAGUCCUGUAGUUAAAUAUAUUCUGUUUAAAUAACCAUGUAUCUUGCAAUGUAUAUAAUGGCAUAAUUAUAUGUUAUCUCAUUAUAUUACAUGCAGUCGCCUCUGAUUGAUAGAGGAUACACAACAAUACUGGGUGAGGAUUGACCGCAGUGAGUGCUGACUUGAUGCUCAGGGAAUUUUGAAGCAAUUUAGUAAUUCAUGUUUUACCUUGAGCAUUUAAUUCCAAAGAGCCCUGAGACCCUGCUGCUUUUCCUCUCCUCUUCCACCAUCUUACUAUAAUUAUGCAAAAGAAUCAUAAAUCUUUGUCUAUAGAAAAAGUAUUACUCCUCAUAUGCGGGCGCCUAUGCUAAGUCACACAUUUGUGUCAACAUCUCAUUUAAUCCAACAUUACCAAUCUAACCUGUGUAGAGUGAGAGGGAAAGUUUUACUCCUUCUUCUGCAAAAGAGGCUUGCAAUGAGAUUUGUUGCAGGAUUUAAUCCUCACAUGUGCGCCAUAUACUAUACCCACCAGGCAUAAAGG